CUUGAAAGAGGAGGGAAUGGGAAGGUGGCGGCCGCUUUGGCUUCUAGAGGCAGUGGCGAUUUCGCUAAUGGUCUUGGGCACCGCCAUCGCCGGUGAUGGUAUCCCGACGACGCUGGACGGGCCGUUCGAGCCGGUGACGGUGCAGCUCAGCGACAAGGCGUUCCGCGGCCACGCCGUCGACCUGCCGGACUCCGACCCGCGGGUGCAGAGGCGCGUCAAGGGUUGGGAGCCAGAGCAGAUCUCUGUCUCCCUCUCGGCCACCGAGGACUCUGUUUGGAUCUCUUGGAUCACAGGGAAAUUCCAGAUUGGGGAAUGCAUUAAGCCACCGAAUCCUACUACGGUAGCAAGCAUAGUUCAUUAUGGAAAUUCAAAGAAUUCCUUAACAUAUGAAGCUACUGGUUAUUCACUUGUGUAUGGUCAGCUUUAUCCAUUUGAAGGCCUACAGAACUACACUUCGGGAAUAGUUCAUCAUGUUCGUCUCACAGGAUUGAAACCAGAGACACAAUACUAUUAUCAAUGUGGAGACCCUUCAAUACCGGCCAUGAGUGACAUUCAUGCUUUCAAGACAAUGCCAACUCCAGGACCUCAGAAAUACCCGAGACGCAUUGCUGUUGUUGGCGAUUUGGGUCUUACUUAUAAUACUACUUCCACAGUAGAUCAUAUGACAAGCAAUCAGCCUGAUCUAAUCACAUUGGUUGGUGAUGUCUGUUACGCAAAUAUGUAUCUGACAAAUGGAACUGGCUCGGACUGCUAUUCUUGCACAUUUUCAAAGACUCCAAUACAUGAGACCUACCAGCCUCGUUGGGAUUAUUGGGGAAGGUACAUGGAGCCUGUGAUUUCAGAAAUUCCAAUAAUGGUGAUUGAAGGAAACCAUGAGAUAGAACAACAGGUUGAAAACAAGACCUUUGUAUCUUAUAACUCUAGAUUUGCAUUCCCAGCUGAAGAAAGCACAUCCUUCUCCACAAUGUACUAUUCCUUCAAUGCUGGAGGAAUACAUUUCAUCAUGCUUGGUGCCUACAUUAACUACAACAAGUCAGGGGAGCAGUAUAAGUGGUUGGAGAGAGAUUUGGCAAAUGUAGACAGAACAGUGACUCCUUGGUUAAUUGCCACUUGGCAUCCACCAUGGUACAGCACCUACAAAGCCCAUUACAGGGAAGCAGAAUGUAUGAGAACGGAAAUGGAGGCACUGAUCUACUCAUAUGGUGUUGACAUCGUGUUCAAUGGUCAUGUUCAUGCCUAUGAAAGAUCAAACCGUGUUUAUAACUAUACCUUGGAUCCCUGUGGUCCUGUUCACAUAGUGGUGGGGGAUGGUGGCAAUAGGGAGAAGAUGGCAAUCGAUCAUGCGGAUGAUCCUGGCCAUUGCCCAGAUCCAUCAACCACACCUGAUGAAUAUAUGGGUGGCUUCUGUGCAUUCAACUUCACAACGGGCCCAGCUGCAGGCAAGUUCUGCUGGGACCGCCAACCUGAGUAUAGCGCUUUUAGAGAAAGUAGCUUUGGCCAUGGGAUUCUAGAGGUGAAGAAUGAGACGCAUGCCCUCUGGACAUGGCAUCGGAAUCCGGAUAUGUAUGGUAGCUUGGGAGAUCAAAUUUAUAUAGUUCGGCAGCCUGAUAAAUGCACAGUUAAACCGCAACUCAAUUGAGGCUCAAAACACAUGGUAUAAAGAGUUCUUAAAAAUGUAAUAAAUUUGGAUGGUAAUCUCACAAUGUCAGAAUUUCAAAUGAAGAGAAAUGCAGAAAUUCGCAUAUAUGUGUACCAAAUCGCAGCACGUCGAACAGAAACAACAUAAAAAAUGGGAUAUGAAUUUGUUGCAUGAACAUAAUACAUGUUUUUG